AUGUAUAGCAGCUACCCCAUAAGUACCCUGGUCCAGGAUAGGACCAUAAAUGAACUUGACACUAUGACAACAAUUACACAGCAAGGCAGUCAAAAUACACAACUUGAUAAAUCUUCUGGAUUUGAGAGCAACAAGACUCCAAUAAAUAGUAAUGGCUUUGAAGAACCUUCCACAGGUGACAAAAGCAAACACACAGGUUGGGAACAAGACAUCGUAUCUCCAAAUAGAAGAAACCCCACUGGUAUCUAUCAACAAUACUGCACAGAAGAAAAGAAUGAUGAAGUGCUUCUUUGCCAACAUCAAAAUAAUCAAUAUGGGCCCCUGGAACGAAUGCUAUAUCAGGUACCAGACUCAUCAUCAAGGUCUAUUCUUGAUCAAAUGGGCCAAGUUGAGGAGAAUUUUGAGUAUGAUACAUUGAUUCCAUUAGUUCUCUACAAGGAGAUGAAAAAUCACAUUAUACACAGAACCCCUGAUCCAAACCAUUACAAAGGGUUUGAAGCAAAGAAUCUUUUGUACGCAGCUGCUCACCAUGGACAUUUAAUCAUCAACAAGCAUAUUGAUGUGUUUGAUGAGAUGAAUGAAUUCUGGGAGACAGGAAGUAGCCUUCUAUUGAAGGUGAGGAAGAAAUGGUUUCCAAACUUUGAUUCAAAUAUUCAAUCUCAAUUCAUUUGGAAAUCAAAGAAUAUACUUUUUCCAAUAUUGAUUUUCAAAGUGAAACUUACUUGUAAUUUGUUUGGAAGACUUCAAAAAACAAAGAAAUUGAAAAACAAAGGCUUGGUAUAUCAAUCAGCUUGUAGAUACUUUAAAGCUUGGUUUUCAAACUUACUUGAUCAUUACCAAAAUAACUGGAAGAAACUUUUGGAAUCAAAUUUAUCCUUCAAUCUUUAUUCACAUCGGACAGGUCUCAAUCCAAAAAACUUGUUAGAUGUUACUUCACAAUUAGAAUUUGGAACGAGAGAAGUAUUUCUGGUUAAACUUAGUUGGGAGAUAUUUGAAGGGUGGCUUCAAUUGUUUCAUGAAGAGAUUCACUCCUGCAUUUUCAACACAGAUACAAAGCAUUUAAUGAAGAACUUUAAGCAAAUAUACGGAUAUAGUGUCAAGACAUCAAUGAUGCUAGAGGAUGGACCCUAUGAUAAAAGACAAUUUAAUUAUGCCAAUCCUGAUAUCAACAGUUUAAGGAACUUUGUAUCCCGCUUUGUAUCCACAAAGUACAUAGCUCCAGAAUCUAGGCUAUACAAGAAUACUCUAGCAGCAAACUUGAAGGCUGAGAGGAACAAGUCAUCUUGA